AUGGCUAACCACGCUAACGUGUCCACAGGACGAAACAGUACCGCGUUCUAUCCUACAACACCUCAGGAUAUGGACAACUGGACUAGAUCUCCAGACCAUAAUAGCAGCAUCGACGAUCAGACGGAUGACUUCCUUACCUCCAGCCUGACGGCCAAGAUCCUCCAAGUGUGCUGGUUGGUCCCGUCCUUGGUGCUGAUCCUCGGCUUUAACGUGGUCUUCAUCAUCGCCGUCGCGCGCUCCCCGAGUUUGUGGAAGCAGCGUUUUCUCCUGCCUGUCAAUCUCGCUGUUCUAGACAUUCUCCUGGCGCUGGUUUGCAUCCCAAGCUCCAUAAACAACAUAGUGAGUGAGAGCGCUACCGAUUCUGCUUUUCUCUGCCUGACACAGUGUGGUGUGUACUACGGCACGGCUGUCUGUACAUUAAUGACUCUAACUCUGAUGGCGUGGGAUCGCUACCAAGCAAUCUGUAACCCUUUCCAUUACCAGGAAGUAGACGCCGUUCACUGGACAGGCAUCAGGGUCCUAGCCACAUGGGUCUGGAGCAUCAGCCUAAGCGUAGUUUCUGUUAUCUUCGCCCCCAUGGCUGGAGUAGACAUUGCCCACGUUCAAAAGAGUAACAUGUUGUGCACAGUCGUUGACAUAGGUGCCAAUCGGCAAUCCGGCAUUGCUAGAAAUCUUCAGCAUUUCGGCGGAGUGCUAAUCGUCGUGUCGGUUGCGUUCAUUCUCAUCUCGUACUGCAAAGUUUACAGAGAAAUCCUGAGACUGCACCCCGUGGGAGAUGGGGGUGUUCCAGCCGGGGGACCGCCGGGAAACCCACAAGGCGGCGGAGACAAUCACAGUCCCAGGCGAACAAUAUCCAUCCAUCUGUCAAUAUUCAUGAUAUUCAUGACGACGGUCUGUGCAAAUGGUGUCAUUGGUCAUAUGAUAACGCCGGGACAGACAACAGCCACCGCAAGUGUACUCAAGCGUGUUGUCCAGUUGGUGUACCUGACCGUUCCGUGUUUCAGCAACCCCAUGAUCUACGGCUUCCGAAGCGAAGAGAUCCGGGUGGCGGUAAGGAGACUUUUCCGGAGACCAGAGUGGUCCAACAUCGCAGCCCUUAUCCGGAGAUACCGCGGUACAAACCAGGACACAGUGCAACAUUUACAGACAGUGUCACAACUUCAAGCCGCUUCUCAAAACUUGGACGUUCCGUCACCACGUGCACAAUGUGCGGCCAGGUUAGCCCUGGAAUCAACAGCAGUGACAGUUGAAGAUUUGUCUGUUUCUAAUGACGAAAGGCCAUGA